GACGAUAUCACAACCAGUCUACUUAACUUAAACCUGACGGUGUCAGCCUGGAGGGGGUGGGUGUUUGGGUGGUGGCUGGUUGUUUGUAACCCGCGUGUUCAAAAUCCCAUGGCAUUCUCCUCCCCCGUCUGCCAUCAGCUUCGUUGCCAAUCUCCGCCACCGUUUGCUUGUUCGCGUGACCUCUAGCCUCGAUAUCAAGAGUUGGGUGAACGUCAAAUGCGUGGAGCCAGCGGCGACGCGGUGUUGCUGCUGGUAGUAGUGGUUGUUGGUGAUGUUGUUGUUGGUGGUUGUGGUGGUGGUUGUUGGCUGUUGUCUGGAAGUUCGUUCGCUGUGCUGGUUGGCUUGACCAGCAGUUACGCAGCGUUGUAGUUGAUUCGGAGCUCAAAAGAAAUUGUGGAUAGCGACAUUUAAAAAUACACCUUUAACUCAAAUUUAUUUUUAAAAGCGCGAAUAAUACGGCUUAAUUAUAUAGCUUUUCUCUCUUUUAAAAAAAAACCACGAAGGCUGAGAGUCUAUUCGAGCCCCACGGUUUUUUUUUUGUCUCGAUUGAAAGGGAAUGCGGUUGUACCGGAAAAAACGAGUUUUAAAUACACGCUUUGCGCAGAGAAACGUUGCGGCUUAGUCAAGCAGUCCAGGAAAGUGAUGCUUAAGGAGAAGUCUCCUUUUGCAAUUGGCGUUUUAUCGUGUAAAAGAUGCAAUGGUUUUAACAGCGUGGUGACCGAACGCUACACAGACGACGACCUUUUUCUGUUGGAGCAUCGGUCCCCAUAGCCGGAUUAUCAGCGGGUCGGACCGAGGCGGUUGAAAAUGACAAGCGUGGGGACCCUGGUGGCUGGCAGCACAGUCUUGUGGUUGUUCAUCUAUUUGGUGCUGUGUCGAAUAUUUUCAUCGCGAAGUACCGAGUGGAACUGUCGACUGAUCACCCUCCUACAUGGAAGCAUAAUAGCCAUGCUCUCGGGAUAUGUCAGCUUCAUAGCGGGGCCUUCACCAUUCACACAUCCAGGUGGACCUAAUACAGAGCUACAAGUCUCUACGUUGUCUCUGUGCCUAGGGUAUUUUCUAUUUGACAUCGUCUGGUGCUUAUUAUAUAGCAUUCAGAGUCGCGUCAUCAUUGCUCACCACAUAAUAAGCAUUUGUGGACUGACAAUAUCCCUCGCUCUGGGAGUGUGCGCAACUGAGACAAAUAUAGUUGUAUUUGCGACCGAGAUCACCAACCCUAUCCUGCAGUUGCGCUGGUUUCUACGGCAAGAAGGAAGGUACGACGGAGCGACCCUUGGCGUCCUCCUGGACAUGGUGUUUGUGCUGUUGUUUAUCUGCAUGCGCAUCGGACUGGGCACCAUGCUGAUUUUCAGCAUAAUUCCUUCCCGUCGGUCUUUGCUGCUCGUUAAGAUCGGCGGAGUGGGCAUCUACCUAAUCUCUUGGCUUUUCCUCAUUGAUAUUUUGAAGUUUGUCUUCAGAAAAUACGUAAAAAAACAAACCUUGACGGAAUAAUAGUGAUGCCUCUAGAAUGCAGUGGGGCCUUUUUGUAUUUUGGUGAAGGUAAUUAAAUGCAUUUUGGAUAUUUUUUUUACUGUAUUAUUUGAAAGGUAAAAGUGUUUGCAUUUUCUUAUUUUUAAAAAAAUCAUUAAUUGAUUGUCCGAUACACAAAUACAGAUGAAAUGUUGCUGCCUGCGUGUGACGUUUGCAAUAUGUAUUGGUACUACCGCCGUUUGCACCAUAAACUUGUGUAACCAGCGUUUCCUAAUGUUGCGUUCAGAGCAUAUAUACAGGGGGGCCCAAAAGGUAGUCUACCAAGCUAUACACAUUACAUAUUACUCUUGACAUUUUUACUACUGUUUGGUCAAAAAUGUUCACGCAGAAGUCAUGAACAUCAACCGCAUUCGCCCAUGUCGAAGCACAAGUUCCUCGUAUCAAUAGUUGCAGUAAAAUCUCUCGAAACCAGACUUAAUUGGGGUACAAUCUUUCCGAUUCUGGGGAAAUUUUCCGGCGCGUAAAAUAAAAUGGGAAAAAAUGGUGCGCGCGCAUUUUAACUACACUCGCAUUUAAUCACAAGUCAUAAUUUAAUGAACGGUUACUAACCCUUCACUACAUAUUUUCGAUGGAAUAACACGAAUACACUUUUACUAUUUCGAGUCGCUUACCAUCACCACAAAGCGGACGUGGAUGGACAAGGCUCGGUGGAUGUGGAAGGCGGCAGAGUUAAUUGAGACAAACGUUUGAAACAUUUAUUUCGUUCAUUUGUAAGAUAAAUGUUAAAUAAAUGUUUGUGCACAGGCUCGCCUAAUUCCGCACAACGGAUGAGUCCGGCACGUGCCACACGCAUGACGUCUCCUGUCGCACGCGGCUUGAUGAGCGCUCCAGCAGUGUUGGGUUUUUGUUAUUUAUAUAUUUAUCAUUAUUUAUUUACUUCAGGCAGCCUCGACUUAACGAUGGUGUCCUUUCUGCAACAAUGCGAGCACAAUUUUGACGCAUCCCCAGACAGGCACAUCUGGCACUUUGAGCUCCUGAUAAAACAUGGUGGGGAUUUGGAUCACACCAAUAACAUACCAAAAAUUACUUUACAAAGUGUCCAUAAAAUGCCGUAACAAGUUCCACUUUUAUCUUGGUAAACUAGUUCUUGGGCUACUCUGUAUUUUAAACCGUUUCGAUGGCAUUGAAAAGCGUGUUGAUGGAGAGGCUAGAGUUGGGCUUGACUGUAAACAAAAUCAAUGUACUUCAUUACGAUGAGUAGUGCUCCGGGCUGCAUGACUCCAACCCUGGAGCGACUCCGGUCGCCUGACUGUAGCUCUGGCCUGGCCCCAGCUCCAGCUUGGCACCAGCUCUAGCCUGGCUCCAGCUUGGCACCAGCUUGGCUCCAGCUCUAGCCUGGCUCCAGCUCUGGCCUCGUUCCAGCUCUGGGUUGGCUCCAGCUUUGGCCUGCAUCCAGCUUUGGCCUGACUGCAGCUCCAGACUAGCUCCAGCCUAGCUCCAGCUCUCAUAGCUUGGUUCCAGCUCCAGCCUGGAUCCAGCUUUGGCCUGACAGCAGCUCCGGGUUGGCUCCAGCUCCGGCCUGGAUCCAGCUCCGGGUUGGCUCCAGCUCCAGCCUGGAUCCAGCUUUGGCCUGGCGCCAGCUCCGGCAGCUUGGCUCCAGCUCCAGCCUGGAUUCAGCUCCGGCCUGACUCCAGCUCUGGCCUGGCUCCAGCUCCGGCCUGACUCCAGCUCUGGCCUGACUCCAGCUCUGGCCUGGAUCCAGCUCCAGCCUGGAUCCAGCUCCGGCCUGACUCCAGCUCUGGCCUGGCCCCAGCUCCGGCAGCUUGGCUGCAGCUCCGGGCUGGCUCCAGAGCUAAAGGAGACCCCCAGCUGUAGCUGCCCCCACUCCAGCAGCCUCGCUCCCCCAGCGCCAGAGCAGCUCUGCGCUACUGCUCCAGUGCCAGAUACUCUCACCGGACCCCAGAUACGAUGCGACAAAAACCCCAAUAAACAGUCGUAUGUGUGUUUUUUUUCUUGACAGGAACAGCAUCAUCAUGUUUUUUUUUUAUUACAAAAUAUAGUCCAAUCAGGUGAAUGCGCGUUUUAAAUUAAAAAAAAGGAGAAUAUAACAUCUGGUUUUAAAAUUACAACCAAGAAUGUAUGGGUGCAAUGAUUGAUAUAUUGAUUACUAUUAAUUCCUGGUGCUGCAAAUACAUGCAUUGAAUCACAUAUUUGAUAAAUUAAUAUUUUCAUGUACAGUAUACAUAUGAAAUGCUCCUGUCACUAUUCAGCGAACACGCAAAACAGUUAUACAAACAAGACGAGCAAAAUGUGUGCCAUAUCACUGUUCUCUGUGUACGCUGACAUCGCACUAUAUUCUUACGUGGCAUGAAAGCGUGUUCUGAAACUUCACAGCCUUCUCCGUGACGUCGGUGUGCUCCGUUCUGACGUGGCAGUGUUGAGCGUGUCGCACGGCGUGUUCUGUGCACUGUGAUUAUCACAGCAUGCUCUGAUCUCACGGCAAUCGCAGCCUCUGAUCUUCGACGUCACAGCUCGCUGUGCUCAUUUUACGUCACAACGCGCGCUGUGACAUCGCAGGCUGCUCUGCUGCGACACCAAAGCAUGCGCUCUUAUCUUUGACAUCGGCACGCUCUGUGCAUUGUGGCAUUUGUGAUACCCCAACCAGUCCAGCUUGGUGAAGUACGGCCAAAACACCUCUCGUGACCGACGUGGCAUGGGGGAGGCCUUCAUCCAACAGUGGAGUGACAAAGAGGCUCUUCCACAGGCAGUUAUCCAUCGCUGCUCUUUUUUUCUUUUACGAUGUAGUCCCUGAAGUAUGUACACAAUGUCACGUUACCUUGCGACUCUGACCCCCGCAUUACUCCGCCGUUCCUCUCAUGUCUGGAGUGUGUCGAUUCACCUCCGUGGCCAUCCAAGAAAUUGUGGCAAUUCAAGUUGAAGUGCUAUGAAUUUAUAAAGAUUUUUUUAUA